AUGACUACUCUAGAACCAGUUAGUUUCAAUAUUCAGUUGUUAAAUGAUAAGGGCCGAUGUCCUAAACGAGCUACUCCAGAAAGUGCUGGAUAUGACUUGUAUUCAGCUGAAACUGGAUGUAUUAAUCCCGGGGAAAGGAAACUUAUUAGUAUUGGGAUAGCCAUGAAAAUCCCAACUGGGUACUAUGGUCAAAUUAGUAGUCGCUCAGGACUUUGUUCUAAACAUGGUGUAAUAACUUUAGGAGGUGUAAUUGAUUCGGAUUAUCGUGGUGAACUUUUUGUGAUGCUUUUGAACACUGGAUCUCAGCCUUUUGAGUAUGCAGUGCAUGACCGAAUUGCCCAAAUACUUAUCAUUCCUGUUUUCCAAGCUAUGCCCCAAAUAGUUGAAUCGCUUAGUGCAACUGAACGAGCAGCUGGUGGCUUUGGAUCAACUGGCAAGUAA